AAAUGGCACGCUACAAAACUCAACCACUAACCUUUCCAUUGAAAAUUGUGCAAGGGCAAGGUAUAUGGAUUAAUGGGUAGACUGGUAUUCAUUAAGAACUCCUUUUUUGAAACCCUUUUCCUCUCUUUAUCUUCUUCUCCAUGGCUUCACAUUAUGUAAUAAAUCAUAAAGUUCUGGUGCCUGCUAUACUGCUACUUCUCCAAUUGAUGCCAAACCUAGAAAUAACAGGUGCCCAAACCUUGGGUGCUUGCUAUGGAGGUAGUGGAAAUGCGGACACUUUACCACCUGAACCAGAUGUUGUGGCUCUUUAUAGAACCUAUGGAAUUGGAAAUAUGAGGAUUUACUCUCCAUAUCCAGAAAUCCUGCAAGCUCUAAGAGACUCCAACAUACAACUCAUUGUUGGCGUCCCUAAUGACAGCCUUCAAGAACUUGCGAAUACUUCAUCUGCUUCAAAUUGGGUUCAAGUCAACAUAAAAAGUUACUCCUCCAAUGUCAACUUCAAAUACAUUGCUGUUGGCAAUGAGGUAAACCCCAAUGAUCCAGCAGCUCAUUUUGUUCUUCCAGCUCUGCAAAAUAUCUACAAGGAAAUUUUCUCAGCCGGUUUACAGAACCAAAUCAAGGUCUCAACAUCAGUAGACACAAAUAUUCUGGGUGUAUUUGAUCCUCCAUCAGCAGCAGCCUUCAGUGAAAGUGCAAAGGGAUUCAUAGAACCAAUCAUCAGGUUCUUGGUCAGCAAUGGAUCACCAUUACUUGUCAAUAUAUAUCCAUACUUCAGAGUUAAAUUCAAUGGCCAAUCGGUUCCCUAUGGCUUAUUUACUGAUACAAAAGCGGUGGUGCAGGACAAUGGAUUGGAAUAUCGAAAUCUUUUCGAUGCUCUAAUGGAUGCUAUGUAUUCUGCUAUGGAGAAAAUAAAUGGUGGAAGUUUGGAAAUCGUUGUAUCAGAAAGUGGAUGGCCGUCUGCUGGUGGUGAAGUGGAAACAGUGGAGAAUGCUGGCACUUACUAUAGGAAUUUGAUUGAACAUGUGAAAGGAGGGACUCCAAAGAGGCCAUUGAAGGCCAUAGAAACUUAUUUGUUCUCCAUCUUUGAUGAGAACAAAAAGAGAGAGGAAAUUGAGAAACAUUUUGGCCUCUUCUACCCCAAUAAACACCUCAAGUACAAUCUUAGUUUCAACCAAUUAAGAAGAUGAAUAAUGAAGUUUACUGGUUAUAAAGCUAGGCUUCUAAAUAUAGAUAUAUAAGUUUUGGUGCAUAUCAGAUAUGCACCAUAGCCGAGCUGUAUAAAAAUAUAUUGAAUAAGAAGGCUCUUUUUAUCCCCUUUUACUGCAAUAAUAUUGUACCAAAGUCUGUAAUACUCUGUCAUGAACAGAAUGUUUUGGAAAUGAAUUUUCUCAUUUCCAAUCUGUUUCUUCUC